UGUUCAUCAAACGGGAACAUGCCAACAGCAUCCUGCACAGGGUCCGGAGGGCAAAUUCAUUAUUUGAAGAGAUGAAGAAAGGAAACCUUGAAAGAGAGUACAUUGAAAUUCCUAGGAUGAAUGCCAUCUCUAGUGGAGAUGUGGCCAAGUUUUUUGUCACCUCGCUAAAUAAGCUGGACAUGAACUUACCUACAAGAAUUGCUCCAGAACUCUGCCAUAAGAUGGUGGUGAGCAGUGGCAUUGUCCCGAAUGAAUUCUGGAAUAAAUACAAAGAUGGUGACCAGUGUGAAAGCAAUCCCUGCCUGAAUCAGGGCAGGUGUAAGGACGGCCUCGGGGAAUACACCUGCACUUGUCAGGAAGGAUAUGAAGGCAGAAACUGUGAAUUACCCAUGCGAAAGUUCUGCAGCCUGGACAACGGGGACUGUGACCAGUUCUGCAGAGAGGAGCAGAACUCCGUGGUAUGUUCCUGUGCCAGCGGGUACAUCCUGGAUGACAAUGGCAAGUCCUGCAUCUCCACAGAGCCUUAUCCCUGUGGGAAACUCACUCUGGCACGCAGGAGGAGGUCAGAGUCCCUGACCGCCCACAGCAGCAAGGAUCCCCCCGAAGACGGUGGAGACCUGGAUCCCACCACGAACCCUUUCGAUGGAGACCUGGAUCCAACCACAAACCCUUUUGAUGGAGACCUGGAUCCGACCACAAACCCUUUAGAUCUGCCGGGCUUGAAUAACACACAGCCGAGCUCUGCAGAGGAGGAGAACUCACUUGUCAGGAUAGUGGGAGGGAGGGACUGCAAAGAUGGCGAGUGUCCCUGGCAGGCUCAUCUCAUCAAGGAGAACAAUGAAGGCUUCUGUGGAGGCACCAUCCUGAAUGAGUUCUACAUCCUCACUGCUGCUCAUUGUCUUAACCAAGAAAAGCGAUUCAAGGUGAGGGUAGGCGAUCGAAACACAGAGAAGGAAGACGGCAAUGAGAUGGUGCACGAGGUGGAGGUGAUUAUAAAACACAACAAGUUUGACAAUAAGACCUUUAACUGUGACAUCGCUGUCCUCAAGCUGAAGACUCCCAUCAAAUUCCGCAUGAACGUGGCCCCCGCUUGCCUGCCAGAGAAGGACUGGGCCGAGUCCACGCUCAUGACGCAGAAAUCAGGCAUCGUGAGCGGCUUCGGGCGCAUCCACGAGAUGGGCCGCCCAUCCGUCACCCUCAAGAUGCUGGAGGUGCCCUACAAGAAUGAAGGGGACACCAAGGGUCUGCUCGCCCAGAACAGAGAGGGGUUCUGGACGGUGAUGUGA